GCGGCGGACAGCAGGCCCCGCCCCGAGCGCCAGCCGCCUUCUCAGGGUUGCCCGCUGCGCAGGCGCAGAAGCUUCUAGGUGUAGCUGCGGCGGUGAUUAACAGAUGAGGGUAAAAGAUCCAUCCAGAGAUUUACCUGAGAAAGACAAAAGAAAUCAAAGACCAUCAGCACCUCACGAUGAAGACUCUUCAGAUGACAUUGCUGUAGGUUUAACAUGCCAACACGUAAGUCAUGCUAUCAGUGUGAGUCAUGUGAAGAAAGCAAUAGCUGCGAAUCUGUGGUCAGUUUGUUCAGAAUGUUUAAAAGAAAGAAUAUCCUAUGAUGGGCAGCCAGUACUUCCUACUGAUGUUUGGUUGUGCCUCAAAUGUGGGUUUCAGGGAUGUGAUAAAAACUCAGAAAGCCACCAUUCACUGAAGCACUUCAAGAUUUGUGGAGCAGAGUCCCAUUGUAUUGUAAUUAGCUUGAGUACGUGGAUUAUAUGGUGUUAUGAGUGUGAUGAAAGAUUACCAACACAUUGUAACAAGAAGGUUUUGGCUCAGGUAGUUGACUUUCUCCAGAAACAUGUUUCUAAAACACAAACAGGUGCAUUUUCUAGAAUCAUAAAACUUUGUGAAGAAAAACAUGAAAAAGGUGAGAUAAAGAAUGGAAGGAAAAGCAGCUGUGUGCCAUCUGUAAAAGGAAUCAUAAAUUUAGGAAAUACUUGCUUUUUUAAUGCAGUCAUUCAGAACUUAGCACAGACUUACAUUUUUACUGAACUGAUGAAUGAGAUAAAAGAAGAUGGUACAAAAUUUAAGAUUUCUCUUUCUUCAGAUUCGCAGCUGGACCCAUUAGUGGUGGAACUUUCAAGCCCUGGACCACUGACCUCAGCCUUGUUCCUGUUUCUUCACAGUAUGAAGGAGGCUGAAAAAGGACCACUUUCUCCUAAAAUUCUUUUCAACCAGCUUUGUCAGAAGGCACCUCGAUUUAAAGGUUUCCAACAACAGGACAGUCAGGAGCUUCUUCACUCUUUGUUGGAUGCAGUCAGAACAGAGGAAGCAAAGAGAAUACAAGCUAGCAUUCUAAAAGCAUUUAACAAUCCAACUACUAAAACUGCUGAUGAUGAAACUAGAAAAAAAGUCAAAGCCUAUGGAAAAGAAGGUGUGAAAAUGAACUUCAUAGAUCGAAUCUUCAUUGGUGAAUUAACUAGCACAGUCAUGUGUGAAGAAUGUGCAAAUAUCUCCACCAUGAAAGAUCCAUUCAUUGAUAUUUCACUUCCUAUUAUAGAAGAGAGGGUUUCCAAACGUGUAGCUUUGGGGAAAACAAGUAAAUGCCGACGUUCCCAGGAGACAGAUGUUACUCAUUACAGUGGGACUGUCACUGUAGAAAAAGCCCAUCAACCCAGAGCUACCAGGAACUAUUCCUCAUCUAAAGAUAAGAAUCAACUAAUUCAUGACAGAAAACAUACAAGAAAAUUGUCAUCUGGAGAAGAGAAAAGUAUUAUGUAUCAGAAAAAUGAAAACCUUGAAGUCAGCCAGUUUGCAAGCUUCUUGAACACGGAGUUGUCCCUGAAUGAAAGCCCCACAGGCAGCGAGAAAGAAGCCAGCCAGUCUGAAAGCAGUGCUGAUGCCGACAGCGAGGCUUCCGAGUCUGAAAGUGCUGCCAAGCAGACCGUGUUGUUAAGGUCGAGUGGUGAUUCCUGUGGACACACAGAUGCACACCUUCACCUGCCAUUCCCAAGUGAAUUGCUGCACACCGAGGAGACGGAUGGUGGUGACAGGGGAAUUGCUGAAGCUAUUUCUGAACUUUGUUUGAGCAGCACUCUAAUUGGAAAUGAAGAUUUUGAUGGGGAAAACCAGCCACUAAACAUUCCAAAUAAUUUGUGUUUUUCAGAGGGAAAGCGUAUGAGGUUUCAUAGUGCCCAAAAUGCUUUUCAGACUCUUUCUCAGAGCUAUGUAACUACUCCUAAAGAAUGCUCAGUUCAGUCAUGUCUCUACCAGUUUACAUCCAUGGAAUUACUAAUGGGCAACAAUAAGCUUCUCUGUGAGAACUGUACUGAAAAGAAGCAGAAAUGCCAAAAAGGAACCGGUUCUGCAGGAAAGAAAACAGAAGUUUAUACUAAUGCCAGGAAGCAAUUGCUCAUUUCUUCUGUUCCAGUUAUCCUAAUUCUUCAUCUUAAAAGAUUCCAUCAGGCUGGCUUGAGUCUUCGUAAAGUAAACAGACAUGUAGACUUUCCACUUACACUUGAUUUAGCACCAUUCUGUUCUCUUACUUGUAAGAAUGUAACUGUGGGAGAUAAAGUUCUCUAUGGUCUCUACGGCAUAGUGGAACACAGUGGCUCAAUGAGAGGAGGUCAUUACACUGCUUAUGUGAAAGUGAGAGUGCCCUCCAGGAAAUUAUCAGAUCACGUUACUGGAAGGAAAAAUGUACCUGGUUUGAAAGAAACUGAUAGUGAAUUCGGAGGCCACUGGGUCCAUGUUACCGACACCUAUGUGCAGGUGGUUCCAGAAUCAAGAGCACUUAGCGCACAAGCUUAUCUUCUUUUUUAUGAAAGGAUAUUGUAAUUAUUUACUUGCUAAUGGUAAUGGUUAUUUAGCUCAUUUUUAUGUGAUGCUGCCAUGGUAAUCAAUAAUUUUUAAUGUGCCUUUGUUGUCUUUUCUGUAGGAAUAGCGCAUUUUUCAUAUGUCACUUAACUUUUUCACCAUUUAAAAAUGAAUUUAUUCAUUGCUUUCCAAAUCUAUAUUCUUAAAUGUAAAGUAUGUUCUUUUUCAUGUCCUGGGAAAAAUCACCUCCCCCCGCCCCCCAAAUUGAUAGUUGUAGAGAAAACCACUUUAUGAUGUGGCUCAUUAUUAGAAGCACUCAGAAAUGAUGCUAAAUCUAAUAAUUCUUAAUGCACUGUGAUAACCCUUCCUGAACUCUGGAACUCAUGUAAUACAUCCUGUGCCAUAAUUUACUUAUUUUUUAUAUUUUAGUUUUGUUCUGAGUUUACACUUUUAUGUGCUUAUUAUUUUUCUAGCAAACAAAAUAAAUGUAUAGCUAGUAAAGAGCAAUUACUCAUCCAUGUACUACUCCAUUUAAAAUUAUCUCAGGGCUACCCAGUGGCAUAUGAGUAUUACUGUGUGUGAAACAUUGCUAAAACAAUAUGAACUAAUGCCUAAUGUAACAUAAUUACUUUAUAUUUUAUGUGAUUCAGUCAUCCAAAAGAUAUCACCAUAAUUCUAGUAGUGUGGGUUUACAACUUCUACAUUGAUUAGCUUAUUGCUCUGAAGUUUUGAGACUAUUGAAACAUUUAGUAAACUAGUAAUUUGUAGCCUAUUCAUGGUGAAGUUAAUUUGCAAGUGGUUGGCUAAGGCCAAAUGCAAAUAUAGAUAAUUGUGACAUGUAGAAUUGGUAAAUAGAAGUUGAUAAUCUACAUAGGAACACUGAAUAUGUUAAAGUGUAAGGAUACCUUUGAAGUAUAAACUACCAAGUUAUAUUUAUAAAAGCUAGAGAAUCAUAUUCUUCUACUUAUCGAGGGAAUAUAUGUUUUCUACUUCUUUGCUUUGAUAAAUAUUAAAUACAAUUUUGUUUUGAACAAGCAUCAUUUAAAAGUUGAGGUGGGGGGGCUGAAGAGAUGGCUCAGCGGUUAAGAACACUGGUUGUUUUUGCAGAGGACCCGUGUUCAAAUCCCAGCACCCACAUGGCAGUUAGCAACUGUCCAUAACUCCAGUUCCAGGGGA